UAACCCUUCUACAUGUCAUCUGUGCUCUGUGAUAAAACAACACACACUUGGAUUUCACCAUCACAUCAACCAGGAAACAGCUCAGAGGCGGAGCCACAUUCAGCAGAACAACUAUCACUUCCCAGAAAUGAAAGUGAAAGUUCUUCCCAGUGUGAGCAGAGCUGCAGACGAGUCUCUGGAACCGUCGAACAAAUCUUAAACCGACUUCAUCAGACCUGUUUAAAGUCUCAGCAGAGUCUCUGACAAACAGCGAUAUGGCUGCUGCCAGCCAUGUCCAAUCUGAGGAUCAGUUCCUGUGUUCCAUCUGUCUGGAUGUCUUCACUGAUCCAGUCGCAAUACCAUGUGGACACAACUUCUGCAAACCCUGCAUCUCUAAACACUGGGAUAAUAAUGAAAACUACCAGUGUCCCAUGUGUAAAAAAGCUUUUGACCCAAGACCUGAGUUGUACGUCAAUACUUUGAUCUCAGAGAUGGUGGCUCAGUUCAGACAUGAAGCUCAACAUGAACUAAACAUCUACAGCUCAGACCAACAAGCUGCCAAACCAGGAGAAGUUCCCUGUGACGUCUGCACUGAAAUUAAACUGAAGGCCAUAAAGUCCUGCCUGGUGUGUCUGACCUCCUACUGUCAGACUCAUCUGGAACCUCAUUGGACAGUUUCAGGACUGAAACGACAUCAGCUGAUCCACCCUGUGGAGAACCUGGAAGACAGGAUGUGUAGGAAACACGAUAAACCUCUGGAGCUGUUCUGUAAAACCGACCACAUAUGUAUCUGUCUGCUCUGUCCUGUUUUAGACCACAAGAACCAUGAGUUUGUUCAUCUGAAAGAAGAACAUGAAGAACAGAAGGCAGAGCUGAAGAAGACAGAGGCUGAAAUUCAGCAGAUGAUCCAGGAGAGACUACUGAAGAUCCAGGAGAUACAACAGUCAGUGGAGCACAGUAAGAACGCUGCAGACACAGAGACAGCAGAAGGUGUUGAGGUCUUCACUGCUCUGAUAGAGUCUGUUCAGAGAAGUCUGGACCAGUUCAAAGAGAAGAUCCAAGAAAAGCAGAGAACCACCGAGAAACAGGCUGAAGACUUCAUCAAAGAGCUGGAACAGGAAAUCUGGGAGCUGAAGAAGAGAAGCACUGAGGUGGAGCAGCUCUCAGGCUAUGAAGACCACCUCCACUUUGUCCAGAGAUUCACAUGUGUAAAAGCUGCUCCAUCCACAAAGACCUGGACAAAGGUCAGUGUCCAUCCACCAUCAUAUGAGGGGACUUUGGUGAGAGCUGUGUCUGAGCUGGAGGACAAACUCACAGAAGAGAAGAAGAAGGUGGUUGGAGCUGAGCUGAAGAGAGUCCAACAGUAUGAGGUGGAUCUGACUCUGGAUCCAGACACAGCACAUCCUGAUCUCAUCCUGUCUGAUGAUGGGAAACAGGUUCAUCAUGGUGAUGAAACGAAGAACCUUCCAGACAAACCACAGAGAUUCUCUGACAGUUGUUGCAUCUUAGCGGAGCAGAGUUUCUCUUCAGGUAGGUUUUACUUUGAGGUUCAGUUCGAGGGAAAGACUGACUGGUAUUUAGGAGUGGUCAGAGAGUCCAUCAACAGGAAAGGAGAUCUCACACUGAGUCCUCAGGAUGGAUACUGGACUAUCAGUUUGACAAAUGGAAAUGAGUACGAAGCUUGUGCUGAUCCUCCUGUCCUUCUGUCUCUGAAGUCUAGUCCUCAGAAGGUGGGGGUGUUUGUGGAUUAUGAGGAGGGUCUGGUCUCCUUUUAUGACGUAGAUUCUUCAGUUCUCAUCUACUCUUUCACUGGCUGCUGCUUCAGUGGUAAACUCCUCCCAUUCUUCUGUCCGUGUCUGAAUGAUGGAGGUAAAAAUUCUGCUCCUCUGAUCAUCACUCCUGUCAACACUGAGUAAGAAAUUCAACAAAUGUACAGAUUUUCUCUGAUUUACUGGAGUCCAUAAACUUAGUGAUAAUGUAAACUGUUUUAACAUGUAUUAAUCUUCAUCCAAAUGAACUUCAAUACUAACAUUUGUGGUGAUAAUAAUCUCGGUUUGACAGAUUUUGAUGCCUGUGAUAUAAUACAAUGAUAAUGACAGUGUUUUAAUGUUGCAUGAAAAAUGUUGUGAUUGUGAAUGUGUUUCCAAUAUGUCAUUGAUUUCUAUACAUUUAAAUGAUAGAAGUGUUCAGGAGAAUUCAAUAUUCAAUAAUAACAGUAAAGAUUAUGUUCAUCAGCUGAAAUAACUACAGUCAUAUACUGUUCAUACUGUCUUCAUUUUAAAGGAGAAAAAUCAUUAAAUAUUAAAUGUUUGGUGAGUUGUUUUCUAUUUGAUCAUCACAGACAAACACAUGUAAUUAUUGUAAACACUGUAAUUAUUUUCACAUCAGCUCAGACGGAGGUUAAACAAUAAUAUUUAAGACCAAAUACACUGAAUCACUUAUUAAAAUCAUUUCUGAUUAAAUUUACUGAAGUUGAAAUCCAAUCAACCACUUGACACGUCACAAACCUUCUUCUUAUUUUGAUGAUUCUGCUCAAAUAUCUGAACUAUGUAUUUACAUGUGAACUAUGAAGACAUAGAUUGAAAUAUUCACAUUAUUUCCUCUUUGUCUGUAAAAUGUAAAAGUUCUAUAUAUAUAAAUAUAUUAAACUGUAAACAGAUUUGUCUUGUUUCGUCUGUCAUGUCUUCUGUUUUCUGUCAUUUCCUGUUUUAUUUUGUUAAGUUUCCCUCU